AUGGCUACAGCAGUAGGUAUUGAUUUGGGUACAGCAUAUUCAUGUGUUGCUCUAUUUCAACAUGGUCACGUUGAAAUUAUUCCUAAUGAACGAGGUAAUAGAAUAACACCAUCAUAUGUUGCAUUCACCGAUGAUGGACGUUUAAUUGGUGAUGCUGCAAAAAAUCAAAUAGCUUCUAACCCAAAUAAUAC